AUGGCUUCAGACAGCUUCGUGCCUGUCAAGGCCUAUUUACCCACAUUGCCACUUCCUCCCAACAGUCAGAGGUCCGAAAUAACCACCAGUCGUUUGCUACUCCGACCUCUCCGAUCAAGCGACCUGGACGCGCUGCAUGUCUUGCGUACUCAGGAGGAUGUCAUGAAAUGGACCACGGCUGGCUGCAUCGACGAAAACAUUGAAAAGACAAAGUCGAAACUUGACCCUUUCCUACCACCACACGAUAUUGACAACGCCAAUUUCGCUAUCUGUCUCAAGGACUCUGGAGAGCUGAUUGGCAUUGGCGGGUGCCAUCUUUACCCCGGAUCACAUGGAUGGCCUGAAAUUGGGUAUAUGCUGCGACAAGAAACAUGGGGACAGGGGUUAGGCACGGAAUUUCUCACUGCCUGGCUGCGGUUCUGGUCUGAGCUUUCUCGCUCUGAGCGUGAAGUGUGUGUCGAGAAGGAAAUGGUCAUUGGUGAGGGUCAUGUUGACGAGCAUCUUAUCGCUAUAACCGAGGCCAGCAAUAGCGCCAGUCAAAGGGUUCUGUCAAAGUCUGGCUUCCAACGCUUUAGAGAAUUCAGCGAGGUCCAAGGCACCAAGACGGUGAAUCUUGUUGCAUUUCGCUUCGUGCCACAGAAAUCGGCAAAUGGUCCAUAA